GCGCGCCAUGGUCACCGAGGUGGGCUGCCUGGACGCGGGCGGCCUGCGGGCGCUGCUGCGGGAGCGCGCGGCGCAGUGCCUGCUGCUGGACUGCCGCUCCUUCUUCGCCUUCAACGCGGGCCACAUCGCGGGCGCGCUCAACGUGCGGCUCAGCACCAUCGUGCGCCGCCGCGCCAAGGGCGCCCUGGGCCUGGAGCACGUCCUGCCCAACGCCGAGCUGCGCGGCCGCCUGCUGGCCGGCGCCUUCCACGCCGUGGUGCUGCUGGACGAGCGCAGCCGCGCCCUGGACGGCGCCAAGCGCGACGGCACCCUGGCCCUGGCGGCCGGCGCCCUGUGCCGCGAGGCGCGCGCCGCGCGGGUGCUGCUGCUCCAAGGAGGAUAUGAAGCGUUUUCGGCUUCCUGCCCGGAGCUGUGCAGCAAACAGUCGACCCCCAUGGGGCUCAGCCUUCCCCUGAGUACGAGCGUCCCCGGCAGCGCCGAGCCGGGGUGCAACUCCUGCAGCACCCCUCUCUAUGACCAGGGUGGCCCCGUGGAGAUCCUCCCCUUUCUGUACCUGGGCAGUGCCUACCACGCCUCCCGCAAAGACAUGCUGGACGCCCUGGGCAUCACUGCCCUGAUCAACGUCUCUGCCAACUGUCCCAACCACUUCGAGGGCCAUUACCAGUACAAGAGCAUUCCCGUGGAGGACAACCACAAGGCCGACAUUAGCUCCUGGUUCAACGAGGCCAUCGAUUUCAUCGAUUCUAUCAAGAACGCAGGCGGGCGGGUGUUCGUGCACUGCCAGGCGGGCAUCUCGCGGUCGGCCACCAUCUGCCUGGCCUACCUCAUGAGGACUAACCGCGUCAAGCUGGACGAGGCUUUUGAGUUUGUGAAGCAGAGACGCAGCAUCAUCUCCCCCAACUUCAGCUUCAUGGGCCAGCUGCUGCAGUUCGAGUCCCAGGUCCUGGCGCCCCACUGCUCCGCCGAGGCGGGCAGCCCCGCCAUCGCCGUGCUGGACCACGGCGCCUCCACCACCACCGUCUUCAACUUCCCGGUGUCCAUCCCGGUGCACGCGGGCAAGGGCGCCCUGAGCUACCUGCAGAGCCCCAUCACCACGUCUCCCAGCUGCUGAGCGCCCGUCCUUUUUAUUGCUCAUUUCACCCCAGUUCCACUGGGUCCCCCGGCGCACAGAGCGGUGACAUCAGCGGCCAGAUGUCCGCUGAACUCGGCACAUUUCGGGACCAGUCCAGAGCUGGGCCACAUAAGCCCCCCUCGCUGGAAGGGGCAGGAGAAAGGCCACGGGCCUGUUCUGGUGGACUCUCCGUGCUUUUGACGUACCUGCCAGUAUUAGCAUUCCCGACGACACGUACCACAGGAGAAUAUACCUUAUUUAUUUUUGUGGAGGUGUGAGGCCUUCGCAGACGUCAUUGUCUAUUCCUAAAGAACCAAAUACCUCAGUUUUUGUGUUUGAGUCCUGUCCUGUCCUGUACAUAGAUCCAAAGCAGGUUUGUCUGCAGACUGGUGGGGAUCACCACGUUGGAUAUUUGUUUUUUUUUUUUUUUUGUCUUUAGUUGCCAACUGUUGUAUGUUUGCUGAUUAUUUAUGACCUUAAAUAAUAUAUUUCUUCUUUUAAGAAGACCUUUUGUUACGUAAGGAUGACUUUUUUAUACGACAGAAUAAAUUAUGGCGUUUCUACUGAAA